GGAAAGUGACCGUAAUUUACCGUUGAAUUUAAGCGGUUUAACUGUAUCUCAAAUUUACUAUAUGUAUUUUCUCUUAUAAAAAUUGGCCUUGGAUGAAAUAAUUAUGAAAAAACUAAGGUAAGUAGCAGCAGCAGCAUAUAAUACGUACAAAUAUACAAUAUAAACUAGAAAGAAGAUUGUAUAGAAGCAGUACUAAAUACGGACAGCUUUAAUGCAGUUUCCUUCUCCAUCUUCCGCUUUAUCCUUCCACACUAUUUAAAUCAUUACUCAAUUCCCCCAAUCAAUCUCUCUCUCUCUCUCUCUUUCUCUCUCCUCUCUCUCUCAUCUUUCCAUCAAUCCUCAAUCAUUGCCUCCGUUUCUGCAAAAUUUCCCUCACUUUUCUCCUCCACUUCAAUUCAGAUCUCUUUCUUCAACCUUCCUAACCCUCGAUCGCACCCGAUUGUGCUGUCAAUUUUUGGUGGUUUCGAUUUUCUGCGUGUGUGAAAUUAGGGCGGGUUUUGGUAGGGCUCCAAUGGCGUGCACAACCGGCGGGAAGUCGGUGGUGCCAGAGCAGUUUCCGGUGGGGCUUAGGGUUUUAGUCGUGGACGAUGACGUCAUCUGCCUCCGUGUUCUCGAGCAAAUGCUUCGGAAGUGCAUGUACCAGGUCACGAGCUGUUCACAAGCUACCGUUGCGUUGAACUUGUUACGGGAAAGGAAAGGCUGUUUCGAUGUAGUGCUGAGCGAUGUUCACAUGCCUGAUAUGGAUGGUUUCAGACUUCUCGAGCUAGUCGGUUUGGAAAUGGACCUUCCUGUUAUAAUGAUGUCAGCUGAUGGGCGAACUAACCUCGUCAUGCGAGGAAUAAGGCACGGGGCCUGUGAUUACUUAAUUAAGCCUAUAAGGGAUGAAGAAUUGAAGAAUAUUUGGCAGCAUGUACUUAGGAAAAGGAGGAAUGAAAUCAAUCCUUCGGGUAGCAUUGAAGACCGCGAUCGUGAAAAACGAGCGAUUGAUGAUGCGGAAUGUGCUUCUUCUGCGAAUGAAGGUGAAGAUGAGGUAUUCAAGACACAAAAGAAAAGGAGAGAGUGUAGAGAUGAAGAUGACACGGAAUUGGAAGAUGAUCCUGCUUCAAAGAAACCUCGUGUGGUCUGGUCCGUAGAGCUCCAUCAGCAAUUUGUUGGUGCUGUGAAUCAACUCGGAAUUGACAAGGCUGUACCGAAGAGAAUUCUUGAAUUGAUGAAUGUUCCCGGAUUAUCAAGGGAGAAUGUGGCUAGUCAUUUACAGAAGUUUAGACUAUAUCUAAAGAGGUUGAGUGGGGUAGCUCAACAACAGGGUGGCCUUCCUACUUAUUGUGGGCCAGUUGAGCAGAACCUGAGACUUGCUUCCCUUGGAAGAUUUGAUAUUCAAGCAUUGGCAGCUUCCGGCCAACUUCCGCCACAAACAUUGGCAGCUUUACAGGCUGAGCUUUUCUCUCGGCCGACAGGAAACCUAAUUCUGCCAGCAAUGGAUCAGAGAACUUUACUACAUUCAUCUCUUCAAGAAUCUAAAAACAGUCACGUGGAUAAAAAUGUGUCUUAUUGUCAACCUCUGAAUAGAUGCUCGUCCAACAUCGCCAAUCAAACUUCUCAGCAUCUUAUGUCCAAUGAGGAUGUUAACUACUCGGUAUCAAGUUGCAACCUCGUUGAAACAAACAGUAAUACGUUGAUAACUUUCUUACAGCAACAACAUCAGCAGAGACAAUCUAUAACACAAGAGUCGAUCCAUUCAAUAAAUGUGCAACCUUCUUGCUUGGUGUCUCCCCCCAAUUUUCAAGCGGGAAAUAAUCAAAAUUGCAGCUUUAGUUAUUCUGCAAUGGAUUACAACAAUCCCUUACUUCAAACGAGCAACUCAUCAGGAUUACAAGUCUUGGAAAGAGAAUGUAAACCAGUGGGCACGCCUUCCGAGUCUGUUUCGUCAAUGUCAUCUUGCUCGAGAAAUGUUCAACGAGUUCCAAGUUCGCCCUCCACAAUCAGCUCCGUACUGCAGGUUCCUAACAUGAACUGUAUGCAACGAUCGACCAGGAAUUCUAUACCUAGCCGCUUUGCCGUGGAUGAACAGGAAAUCGCCGCAAUGAGCAGCACAAGUCAAGUGAGACUUUAUGUUCAGAAUAAUGGCAGCAAAGUGAAGCAGGAACCAAAUUUGGGUUUUGCGGAAAACGUAAGAAUGGGAAUCCCAGUACAGCAGCACCUUCCUCCAAACGAUCUGAUGAGUGUUUUCUCCGACUAGUUCGACUCUAGAUACAGCUUGUCUGGGCGCCUUUUCAGUCGUGAAGUGCUAGGGGAUGGUUACCGAAUGUUGUCCGACUAUUUGAAACCACGACUUUCCAUGCAAAUAUUAAAAUAGCUUUUUCCAGCUAGACUUUAGGCAAUAAGUUUGGUUGAAGAUUUGUAAUAUUAUUCAUUUGUGUAAUUGCUAGCUCCAAAAUUCAGAUGUUAUUCAUUUACAUAGUUUCUAGCAGAUGUAUAUAGUUAAGUUACUACUCAGGACUUGCAUUCAUGUUGAUGUACAUAGUUUCAUUUUAUUCCAAAAACAUAUAUAUUACAA